UUAAAACAAAACGAAGAAGAAGAAGAAAAAAAACCCUUGAACGAGGCAAGGUCUGGUAAUUGAAGAGCGGUGAGCAAAACUACAUCACAUACAGUCAUGGUUCUUUUACAACCAGACCCGUUUCUCAACGAGCUUACUGCCAUGUAUGGACGAAGCACGGAAAAGGGAUCAGUUUGGGUCACCUUUAAAAGAUCAUCGAUGAAGUCUAAGGCGCAGAGGAAUAAAUUGGGUGCUGAUGCUCUUGAAUUUAGAUGCCUUGUUCGAGCCACUGAUGAUAAAAAGACCAUCUCUACUUCGAUUUCGGCUAAAGAUCAGCAAAAGUUUCAAUCUUCUUAUGCAACAGUUCUGAAAGCGCACAUGCAUGCGCUAAAAAAGAGGGAGAGAAAAGAUAAGAAAAAGGCAGCCGAGGUGAACAAGAAGGAAGAGAAAGCUCCAAAAAAGUCUCGUUCAUCUACCAAGGUUACUGCUUGAGUCAUAUUCCAGUGUUCCAUUCAAUCUUUUGUGCCCUUUUUCUACUAAAUCGUCAUGGAAGGAUUUUUUGGUUAAUCUUCCAACAUAGAGAAACAAAUGGAAUUUUCUUGAAUGGCAAUUAAUUGGAUAUACAGCUUUUAGUACCAGUUAUGUUUUCUUUCUGCGACUAGUAAUUUAGAUCAGAAAUUUUUGAAUGUUUGGCCCUUUGGUGGCUGUGCAACUCAACGAUAGUUUUUUAAUAGACAGCGUCAUUACUUCA